AUGAACAUCUUCUGUGCGAUAUCUGUAACCAAAGUGUAUGGGCCCUUCUUUUUCAUGGAGAAAACUGUGACAGGAAUAACCUAUUUAGAUAUGCAUCAAAACUGGUUAUUUCCCCAAAUUGAAGAUGAUUCAGAUGACUUCAUCUUCGUGCAAGAUGGUACCCCGCCUCUCCCAGGUAUAUUUAUGUGGACAUUCGCUCCUUCACAAGUAACACGUAUUACGGAGAAAACAUACCGCAAAAUUGGUUCUCCACCAUUACAUCCUUCCAGAAUUACAUUCUCAGGACUUGGCCGAGACACUAUUAUGAAAGAUUUUCAGGGAAUAAAGGAAAAUGAAAAUCAGUUGAAGAAAACAGUUCAGGAAAAUUAUGGUGAUACACAUGACGAUUUAGAAUUGGAUUUAGAUGAUGACAAUUUGGAUGUGGAUGAUCACGAUCACAAAGAUGAUGCUGAUACCAAUCAUGGAGCUCAUGACGAUGAUGUUGAUGAAGAUGGUGAUGACGCAGACGACGACAUGGAUCAAGAUCAUGAUAUUGAUGAUGACGACAAUCAUAACGCUAAUGGUGCUGCUGCUGAUGAUAAUGACACUCCUGAAGCUAAUGAAAAUGGUGAUAAUGAUGUUGAUCAAGAUGACGUUGUUGUUGUUGAUGAAGAUCAUGUCAAUGAAGAUGAUGUUGAUGAUAACGAAGAUGAUGAUGAUGACAGUCAUGAAGCUAAUGAUAAUGAUGAUGUCGAUAAUGAUCCACGCGUGCAGAAUACUGAAGAAACUAUGAAAAAUAAACUGAAUCAGUUUGAACAAGCAUGUGCUGAUCAAGCAAACGAGAAAACACCUGCUAAAAAAGAAAUUCCCAAAGCAGAAAAAAAUCCAAGGAAACUACUUGUCUUUCGCAUUCUAGUUGAAGCUUUUGAGGCAAUAAAGAAUGCUGGAAUACUUGGAGAAAAAUUAUUAUUUCAUACAUUUUAUCUGCUCAAGCCCAAAGAAACGCAAGAAAAAGUAUAA